AUGCCUGUACCGGCUGCUCAAGAGGUGCCUUCAGCAGCAUUGGAAAUCAGCCUCAUCGAGGAAUUAGCCAGGGAGACACUUUACUUGGCUCCCCGGCAGGCAGCAACUCAGAAAGGAACAUGUUUGCAUGUCAUCCAGAAAGAGAAAAUGUUGGUGUGGGAGGUAGAUUCCUCUCUCUGGGCUAGUGAAAGCCCAGAGGAUUGUGCUGUUGCUUUGGAUUCCUCUUCUGCAUCUAUUUCAGAGGCCGGCAUGGAUCUGACUUCUCAUACGUCCUUUGAGGCUUUACAGACAUCUGCUCCAGAUACUGAGGGGGAACCUCAGCUGCUUAUAUUUGACGGACUGAGAGUGAUUCUGCAUAUUCUAGCUUGGGAGGAGAUUCCUACUACAUUGAGGAGUAAUCCCUCAAAGUCUGCUUUUGUUCACAAACAGUCUUGCUCUCCAUACAAAGGUUAUAAGGAUUCAGUCUUGUAUCCAUUACCUGUCAAUGACAAACUAACCAUUUGGCAACUUGUUAACAUCAAUAUACUAGAAGCAUUUCAACCAACAGUAAUGAAGAUUUAUUUGUUUAUGCAGAAGGAUCCAGACUACCUGAAGUUAUGGCUUGAGAGUUUUGUUUCCAGCUAUGAGAACUUCCUUGAUGUGGACUUUGAAAAACCUCCCACAAGGGUUGAUGAUGUCCCUCCGGCAAUGUCCUUACUUCCUGAUAACAUCCUUCAGGUUUUGAGGUACCAACUGUUGCAGUGUGUACAGAAACUUGCUGAUGGACUGGAAAAGGAGCAGCAAGAGCUGGCUGUGCUGUUGGUCAAGUUCCUUAUCAUAGUGUGCAGGAAUCUUUCAAAUGUUGAAGAAAUUGGUACCUGUUCUUUUAUAAAUCAUGUUAUUGCCUUGACAACUUUAUACAUCCAGCAGUUAAAGAGCAGAACAAAGGAGAAGGAAAUGGAAGACCAGUCUGCUGCUGAAGAUUUUGUGAGACAUUCACUGUCCUUCUGUGAAGGACUCUAUGAUCCAUAUCGAAACUGGAGGUCUAGGAUAACAGGUGGACUGAUAACAACAGAGAAGAGCAGACAAAAAUUUAAGCCAGCUCCUCUCACAGUGGAGUUCAUUCCUUUUUUCUAUCAGUGUUUUCAGGAAAGUGAGCAUUUAAAGGAAAGUCUGAAAUGCUGCCUGCUUCAUCUCUUUGGAGCCAUUGUGGCUGGGGGACAGCGGAAUGCACUUCAAGCAAUUUCCCCAGCCACAAUGGAAGUCCUUAUGCGGGUCCUGGCAGACGGUGACACUUCUGAGGAUAAGGACCCUGGUGAUAUUAGUAGAAAGGUGGAGCUGACCCUGAAGUGCCUGACUGAAGUGGUGCACAUACUUCUAACAAGUAGUUCUGACCAACGGCAAGUUGAAACCAGUACAGUUCUGGAGAAUUAUUUCAAGCUGCUAAACCUGGAUCAUUCAGCCCUUCCAGAAUCCAGGAAAUCCAAAUAUUGGGAGAAUCGCUUAAUUGCACUACAGAUUCAAAUGUUAAACACUAUCAUUGAAAUGCUGGACUGUACCGAUCGACCAGUGCUCCAGGCAAUUUUUCUCAGCAGCAACUGUUUCGAGCAUUUACUCCGAUUGCUGCAGAACAGCAAGCUGUUUGUAAGUGCUAGCAAUAAGACAGCAGACAAGAAUGAGAAAGAUGUUGCCAACAAAUUACUGACCGAAAUGCAUGAGGAUCAGGUCUUUCAAGCUCGAUUGGAUUUUCUUGCGGUGUCAACCAUCAAGGCCUUUACUGCUGUAAUGCACAAAUCCCCAGCUGCAAAGGAAGUUUUUAAGGAGCGCAUUGGGUACGCACAUCUUUAUGAGGUACUAAAAUCCUUGGGUCAGCCCUCCAGAGACCUGUUAAAAGAACUCAUGAACAUGGCUGUUGAAGGUGACCACACAUCUGUCGGUAUUCUCGGCAUUAGCAAUGUUCAGCCCUUGCUGUUGCUUAUUCAGUGGCUUCCAGAGUUAGAGUUGCAUGACCUACAAAUAUUCAUCUCUGAUUGGCUAAAACGAAUAUGCUGCAUUAAUCGACAAAGCCGCACAACUUGUGUGAAUGCAAACAUGGUUCUGAGCAUCAUUGAAAGCUUGAAUUUCUAUGAAGGCAUUCAUCGAACUUGUGCUGAAAACCUAAUUAGCCUCCUGGGAUCUCUUGGUAGUCAGUCCCUGAGUUCUGGAGAACUCCUCAGACUCUUGAGGCUAUUGAGAACAGGAGAUUCCAGACAUACUCACCCAUAUACAGUUCCAGUAAUGAGGGCCAUGUUAGCAAUGGCUCGAAAGCAGGGUUUGGAGAAUGCACUACAGUAUUUUAACUUGUCUCAUAGCAUGGCUGGAAUUUCUGUACCUGUUAUUCAGAAGUGGCCAGGCUAUGCUUUUAGCUUUUUUGCCUGGCUGUGCAUGGACCAGGAGCAACAAAGUACAUCUUUGCUGAGCAAAGGCAACAAGAGAAAGCAACUUUAUAGCUUUUUUACAACUGGUGGUACGGGGUUUGAAGCAUUUAUCUCAUUUUCUGGCAUGCUGGUUGUUGCAGUGUGUACCAAGAAGGAAUAUGCAACUGUUGUGCUUCCAGACCACAGCUUUUGUGAUUCCCUUUGGCACAAUAUAGCCAUUGUUCAUGUUCCUGGAAAGCGACCCUUUGGACAGAGCUUGGUAUACAUAUAUGUAAAUGGGCAGCACAAACUCUCUGCACCUCUUCGAUUCCCCACCAUGAAUGAGCCUUUUACAAACUGUUGCAUUGGCUCUGCUGGUCAUAGAACUACCACCCCUCCUCCCUCUCAGAUACCAGACCCACCAUUUUCACCACCUGUCACUUCUGGACGCUCAUCUUUAAGUGGGAUUCUUUCUUCACCACCCUGGGGCACUGCAGUUGGGAAACCAGAGUCCGUCACCAAACUGAUUUCAGCUGGCACUCAGGAUAAUGAAUGGGGGUCUCCAACAUCGUUGGAAGGACAGCUGGGUUCUGUUCUUGUCUUCCAUGAUGUACUACAAGCUUCUCAAGUGAAGGCUCUCUAUUUGGCAGGUCCAAAUUGUGCUAGCCCUUUGAAAGGCCAGGAUUCAGAGCUUUUAGAUCUUCCUAACAAACUACUACUUCAUUAUACCCCAAAGGCUUGUAAACAUGUAAUAUGCCUUGAUCUGUCCCCCAAUCAUCUGCAUGGAAGGCUUACAGGACACAAAGUAGUGAAUUGGGAUAUAAAGGAUGUGAUUAAUUGCAUUGGUGGACUGAAUGUUCUGUUUCCAAUACUUGAGCAAAUCAAUAAUCUGAAUGGUGUAUUACCAGAAAAAAAUGUGAAUGAUUUGACUGCAGCAGAACUUACUCCUGAAAUAAUGUCUCCGGCAGAUGAGGACUGGGUAGUUUUACCUUCCACAAGAGCUUCAGAGGCACGACUGGAAACAAAUGUAGUGGCUACAUUUCUUCUGAUGAUUAAACAUUUUGUCCAGAGACAUCCAAUUAAUCAGGAGGAUCUUAUUCACUGUCAUGGAGUUGCAACUUUAGGAGCCCUUUUACAUAAGGUGCCUAGCAGCUUAGUGGAUGUGAACCUUCUGGUAGCAGUUCAGUUACUUAUUGAACAAGUAACUGUUGAGAAGAACCAGCAGCUCCUGCAGCAGAUGUACCAGUAUUUGUUGUUUGAUUUCUACAUUUGGAAUCGAGGGGAUUUUCCAUUCCGGAUUGGGCAUAUUCAGUAUUUAUCCACCAUCAUCAAAGACAAUCGUAAACUGUUCCGCAAGAAGUAUGGAGUGCAAUUUCUACUAGACACCGUACGAGUUCAUUACGGCUUUAAAGUCCAUUGUACAGUGAAAGCCAAUGGCCCUAGAUAUUUCAAAGCUGCUAAAUAUGCAAGUCAUUCAGGAGGGCCUGUUGGACCAGAUAAUAUUCGUAGUCCACUCAAGAUUAUUUUUAGUUCUAAAGGACUAGGAAGAUCUCAGGCCAGUCUUAGACCUCGAUCAACUGAGCACCGUUGUCAAACAGACAUCAUUUUGGAUGAUCACAGUGGAAUUCAUAUUGUCUUUGUUGAGAUAGGACAAUUGGACUUGGUGAACCUCCAAGAUGCCUUCUUACCACCUCAUGAUAUUCAGGUAGUCCAGGAGCUCUGUGGGAUCCUUGAACUACUACUGAAUUUGCUUCAGACCAGCACUUCACGAGACCAACUGUUUCUUUUGCUGUACGAACAUGGAAGUGCAGACAUACUUUAUGCACUGCUACUGAAUCAAAAAUACUCUGACAAAGUUAAAGACCUUGUGUUUAAGAUCUUUGAAAGAAUGCUGAAGUGUGAUAAGGUUUAUGAACGGAACAAACAACGGAUUAAGCUUCGGGAAGUUGGUUACCUUGGACUUGGUUUACUUCUCAGUGAUACUCCAAUAAGCAGUGGAUUUAUGAAGAGUCUACUCAAUCAAGUACUGCACACAGAUUCAGCGGUGAACUACAAAGACUUCAUGGCAGUUGUGCAUCUGGCACACCGAGCAGAUGUCCAUGUUCGACUGGCUGUGUGUAGAAAGAUUUACCAGCUCCUGCAGUCUCACCAGGAUUCUGCACAUCAAAUUUCCAAGCAGCUUGGCUGGCAGGAGACACUGUCACGGUUGUUCCUGAAGGAAAGUUGCAGAGUCAGGGAUGGGAGCUUGGAUUCCAACAAAGGACAAGAGGUCAGAGCAGAAUUCAGAAAGGAGCAUGAACAGGCAGUGGUGGAUGAAUCCUUGAAACGAAGCUGGAGGAAGUCCCAUGAGGACAGAUGUUCUGUAGAUGACUUGGCUUUUAACUUUGACUCUAAAAGCUUGGACAGCAGAUCCCUUGAUACAGCAAGCCUUUCCUCAGGUACUUUGGAAGAUCAAGAAGCUUGUGUUACAGGACCACCAAAGGGAACAGAGAUACAUUUUAAGUCCCAUUCCUCUAAAUCUGGUAAUGUUUCUCUGGACUUUUGCAGAACAGAAUUCCAGUCUGAGGCCUGGUCUUCUAAGUCUGUUGAUCUGAGUUUAGAUUUGUCUGGGACAGUCUCCAGUGAACUGGAUAGUGGUAAUCGGACACCUGGCAGUAUGCCCAGUACUCCAUCACCACUGGAAGCUUCCAAGUCUUUCCCUGGAACAGAUUCUGAGAAAGAGACCUCUUUUGGAGAUGAUACGAGUUUUGCAGAUGAUUUAUCAUUCUCUGAAACAUUUGGAAGUCAAGAGAAAUGUGAAGAUGAUCUUUGCGGUCUGUUGACAGAGAUUCUUUUAUGUGUAAUGUGGCGUGGACUGGAAAAAUCAGAUGACACUUCCUGGAUUGAAAGGGGUCAAGUUUUCUCUGUUCUUGCCAAACUGGGAACCACCAAUGAGUUAUUACGACCUUCUGAUGAACUCAAACUCAGCCUGCUGGAGAAAAUGCUGGAAUGGACGGUAGCUGACAACAGAGAAGCAACAGUGACCACUGUUUCAGUGUAUACAGAAAAUGCAAUUCGUCUCAUUCACAUAGUGCAAGACUUCUUGCUGGCAGAGGGGCUAGUCAAUGAAUCUUUGUGGACCGAAAAGCUGCUGGAAGAAUUGGUGACACUGAUGGACUGCUUGAUGGUUUGGUACUCCAGUAGUGCUGAUGGGAAACGCCUUUCUCAGAUUGGGGUCAGACUACUCUUGGGCUUCAUAGCACAAGAUAAUUUACAGGUGUGUGCAAUGGCUGCAGCAAAGCUGAACACCAUUCUGCAAACUAAGGUGAUUGACAGACAGGAAGAAGCGUGCUAUCUUUUAGGAAAUUUAGAAAGGAUCCUUAGCAAAUCCAUUCAGGAACAGACUGAAACAUUCUCUUUUUUGAUUCCCAUCAUCCGAACAUUGGUGUCCAAAGUCUACAAUCUUCUGUACAUGAACCUUCAUCUUCCAUCCUUGCCCCAAAGCAAUGGUAGUCCUUCAUUCUUUGAGGAUUUUCAGGAAUACUGUAAUUCAGAAGAAUGGAGAAUUUACAUAGACAAAUAUAUCAUUCCAUCGAUGAAGCAGUAUGAGAUUGAGACAUUUGGAAAAGACCAUGAGAGAAUGGCUGUCUUCUGGAAGGACUCUUAUGAGGCAUUCAUGAUGAAUUUGCACAAGAGAGAAAGAGAAAAAGGAGAAAGCAAACUUAAAUUCCAAGAUUACUUUGUUGAGCCUUUCAGCCGAAAAGCUAGACAAGAAAACCUGCGAUACAACAGUAUGCUUAAGCAAUUGAACACCCAGCACACAGCUACAUUGAGGCAGUGGAAGGCUGCAAAACGCUACCUGAACUGUGAGAGGGGCCCAUGGGCUGACAGGUACCAUACUCCGAUGCAUUGGAAAUUGUCCAGUGUUGAAAACUUCUCCCGUAUGAGACUCAAGCUAAUCCCAAAUUAUAACUUUGACCCCCACCUUGAAGCCAGUGCACAAAGGGACAACCUUGGUAUGCAGCACACACUGCCUUGCAGUGAGUCCCUAAUGUUGGAGGCUGUGAAACAAGUUAAAAUUUCUGAGAUGGAAGAUGAUGGACUAGACAUACCUGAUGAAGAUUUCACUGCCAGUGCCAGUCUAAAUGAGAAGGAGGAACCAAGUCAGAAGGAAAAGCUAGUACUAUCUGAGGAUUGUGAACUCAUCACGUUAAUGGAAGUCAUCCCAGGUCGUCUAGAGGUCACCACACAACAUAUUUAUUUCUAUGAUGGAAGUAUUGAAAAGGAAGAAGGAGUUGGCUACGAUUUUAAGUGGCCUCUUUCACAAAUCCGAGAGAUUCAUCUCCGUCGUUACAACUUGAGAAGGUCUGCUCUGGAAAUCUUUCUCAUAGAUCAAACUAACUACUUCCUCAACUUCAAAAAGGAGGUGAGAAACAAAGUUUACAGUCGAAUUGUUUCACUUGGCCCUCCAAAUCUUUAUGGAACAUGGUCUCCACAGGAGCAGCUGAAGGCUUCUGGACUUACUCAGAAAUGGGUGAACCGAGAAAUUUCCAAUUUUGACUACCUCAUGCAGCUCAACACCAUUGCAGGCAGAACAUAUAAUGACCUGGCACAGUAUCCUGUGUUCCCUUGGAUCCUCUGUGAUUAUACAUCGGAAGAGCUGGAUCUGGAAAAUCCAACAGUAUACAGGGACCUCUCCAGACCAGUUGGAGCUGUUACUGAUAAGAAAGCGAAAGAGGUCCGAGAAAAGUAUGAAAGUUUUGAAGAAACUGAUGGUUGUGCUGAGAAAUUCCAUUAUGGGACCCAUUACUCAAAUGCUGCUGGUGUAAUGCACUACAUGAUACGAGUCGAACCUUUCACCACACUACACAUCCAGCUGCAAAGUAACAGGUUCGAUUGUGCAGACAGGCAGUUUCACUCCAUUCCAGCCACUUGGCAAUCCCUUAUUGACAAUCCCAGCGAUGUUAAAGAACUCAUCCCAGAAUUCUUUUACUUUCCUGAAUUCUUGGAAAACCUCAACAAAUUUGAUCUUGGACGACUACAAAUUUCCAAGGAAAAAGUGAAUGACUGUGUUCUGCCAAAGUGGGCCAAAUCACCUGAAGAUUUUAUUUACAAGCACAGUAAAGCACUAGAGUCCGAGCACGUUUCUGCUCAUCUGCAUGAGUGGAUUGACCUUAUCUUUGGCUACAAACAGAGAGGACCAGCGGCAGUGGAGGCACUUAAUGUUUUUUACUAUGCAACUUAUGAAGACCCAGAUGUGGAAGUGGAUGAGACAAAGAGAAAGGAACGUGAAGGUGUCUUAAAUCAUUUUGGACAGAUACCCUGCCAGUUACUGAAGGUAACAGUGAGUCAAAACUGCCUUAUUGGAACCCAUGGUUGGCUGCCUUAUGAUAAAAGCAUCUCUAACUACUUCACAUUCAUCAAAGAUCCAACAAUAACAAAUCCAAAAACACAGAGAACUAUAAGUGGGCCACUGUCUGCAGGGUUAGAGGUAACCAACAAGCUUUUUGUGGUACUGCAUGAUGGAAAACUUCUCUUCAGUGGGGGCCAUUGGGAUAACAGCAUAAGAGUGACAUCACUUACGAAAGGAAAGCUAAUUGGACAACAUAUUAGACACAUGGAUAUUGUGACCUGUCUUUCAACUGAUGGUUGUGGAAUUCAUCUGAUUUCCGGUUCUCGUGACACCACAUGUAUGAUUUGGGAAAUAAUGCAGCAGGGAGGUGUUUCUACUGGUCUGUCACCCAAACCAAUACAGAUUCUGUAUGGACAUACAGAGGAAAUAACAAGUGUGGCAAUUAGUACCGAAUUGGAUUUGGCUGUUUCUGGAGGCAAGGAUGGUAUUGUGAUUAUUCACACUGUCAGAAAAGGCCAGUAUAUGCGGAGCCUGCGGCCACCCUGUGAAAGUUCACUCCCACUUACCGUUCCAAACUUGGCCUUAUCUUGGAAGGGGCAUGUCAUUAUCCAUACAAGCAUUGAAGGAAAAUCCACUCUGAAGGACAAGAAUGCACUUCAUUUAUACUCUAUAAAUGGGAAGUAUUUAAAGUCAGAAAGCCUGAAAGAGCAGUUGACAGACCUGUCAGUCAGCAGUGAGCAUAUUGUGAUGGGAAGUGAACAAGGACUGCUUUCCAUUCGGGAUCUGUACAGCUUGGAGUUGAGUUGUUCCCCAUUGGCAAUGCGACUUCCAGUUCAUUGUGUUUCCGUCACGAAGGAUAGCAGCCAUAUCUUGGUGGGGCUUCAAGAUGGCAAACUGAUCGUCAUUGGUGUUGGCAAACCAUCUGAGAUGCGUUCAGGCCAGCUUUCUCGAAAGCUGUGGGGAUCAAGCAAGCGUCUAAGCCUGAUUUCAUCUGGAGAAACAGAAUAUAACCCUCAGGAGUCAGAAUGAUGCAUGAGCAAGUGAAAAUUGUAUUUCCUAUCUGCUGCUGAGAUUCCACUUGCAGUUUUUAGUUCUCUUUUCUGCACGCCCAAUCAACAUGAUGCACACACUGAUCAUCUGAUGAUUUCAGCACUGUCUGUUUUCUCUUUUUAAUCUAACUGCAGGCUGUGUGCAUACAGCGACAGAUAUGUGGGUUUCCUUUGUAUGGACAAAAUCCCCAUACUCUUGUUCGUACAGUGCAGCGAUAUCUGAAACAGAAAGCGAUAUGAGAAUGAAAUCAGCCAUGAAAGAUUAAUGCUUCCAGUUGUGAUUAUACAAAUGCUGUGAAACUGUAUUCAGAAUUCCAUAAAAAAAGUACAGAUUCUUUUGGUUGCUAAGACAAAUAAGAUUUUAUUUAAUUUUGAAUUGGCUCCAUUUGUGAUGGGCCGAGAGGGUUCUGGAACCUAUUUUGUAAAUAUGAUACACAAUCCCUCUUCUUGAAAGCAGGGUAACUUUUGUUCCAUUUCGAAGGAAAAGUGACUGUGAAUAUUGCUUAUGUAUUAUGUACAGAAAUUAUUUUAAAACAGGGACCCUUUUCAGCAAAUUUCCAAAAGGUUACAAGGGGACCUUUCAACACUAAUUAUUUUGUUUCUUAAGAUUUUUAAGUGUGCUGUCUUGUCUUGAAAAGCAGAAGUGUAGAAACCUAAGGACAAACACUAAAAUAAGUUUUACCCAUUCCGAAGCUAAAUGUUACACCGUGCACUGAACUUUUUAAAUUAUUAUUAACAAAUAAUUAUCUGUUGAACAGGAAUUGUGAUUUAAAGGGCUGAAUUAGAAUAUCUAUUUUUGGUUUUAAAACAUGAGAGUAUUAUAUGUAUGUGUGUUUAUAUGUGUAUAUUUAUACUUAGGAUUCAUGAUUUCCUUUAUUUUUUAAGUGUUGCCAUGUUUGCAGUGUGGUAGCCAGAAGUACUGUGAUAAUUGUGUCCCAUCUAGUGUCCAUAUGCAUUUUUGGUCAUUCUCCAUUGCAUUGAUGGGAGGCAUUGAAGCACUGGAAUCACUUUUACAGAUAUACAUUUAAGAGUUUUGAGGGAAGUUUAUGCUUUCCUUUUUUUGGUGGGGGGGUUGAUUGGUGUGUGCCAUCUUGUACACCAUACAUGGAUAGUUUUAAACAUAAGCAUAUAAUCUUCAAUACCUUCACUAUUUCUUAUUUGGAUUUCAUUCCCCCUUCUUCCCAUCAUCAAACACAGGUGCACCAGCUUGUCAAAUGCCUGUAUUGGUUAUGAUCAUAGGAUCACCACCAUGUCUUGUGUACCAAGAGCUUGAUUCUUGUUUGUACCUCUUCCUAUAGCCUUCAUAAGGAGAUGGCCAAAUGCUGACCCCCCCCCCCCC